AAAAAAAAAAAAAUUACUGACCCAAAACUUUUAAACAUUAGAGUAGAUUACUAUGCAUUCAUGAAAAUCAUUUUGUCAGUGUGUCCUCUGGGAAUCAAACCCAAGACUUUGGCAUCAUCUUGAGCAAAAACCACCAAGAUCCACAGUCACAUGACGUUGUACAAACCAUUUCAAACAUUCAUAUACAGACAUUUGCAAGAUGAUAUUUGUGGCAUCAUUUUUGAAUUCCUACAUGUUUACAUUUCUCUACACAUUUCUUUAUAAUUAACUGUCUGAAAGACUCCAGAACACAUCCAAAGACAUCCAUUUUACAUAUAAUGUGAAUACCAUUAUUCAUGCAAUCCACAACAUAAAAAGUGAUCUUCCUCUAAUGCAGGUGUAUCUGUAUGUGUUCAGAGUGUCUGUCAUCAUUAACUAACUGCUCUCUGACCUUCUGCUUCACACAAAGGCAUCUUGCCAUCCAUAUUCCUCUUCUUUAUUUGUUAGUGCCGCUGCUGCUCUUUUGUUCCAUUCAGGCUUUUGUUACUGUCAGGACCCUCUACAUUUGCAGCUAAUUAAGUCAAGGCCUUGUCACACUCAUUCUGUUGGCAUUCGCUAACGAAGCUUGUCUGCCCUUCCAUAAUAGUCUUAACAAAACUCACUUUACAAUUCCUUGGAUACAAGCAAUCCUAGUUACACGCUAAUGACAAAAUGCUAACAACCCUAGCAAUUCUUUAUUGUGUCAUAAUCCAGCUUCAAAUGAGAAUGAGAAUAAUUAACUUCAGAGGAUGGAGCAGUGGGUGGCAUGUCUCUAUAAAAACACUGGUCCCAACUCAGAGAGCUAAAGGACCAUCGACUUUAAACAUCAAGUCCAUCAGAUACCCGACAUUUGUCUACAACAAGACUCAUGGACUGCACAGCCAAGAGAGUUCAGCUGCUCCUUUUCAUGGCGCUGUUGGCACACCUGGCGCGAGACGCUGAGGGCGUGGCCGCCUGCUGCACGAGCUCCUCUAGAUCCUGCAAAAUGUACGAGUUUCUGUGUCGCGCGGGACGCCGAAACGAUACUUCCGUGGCCAGGCAUUUCGGUCGCUUUAAUAACGACGCUGCUGUCGGGAUUCUGACACUUGGCAAACGUAAAGUGGGCGAGAGACGCGUCGAAGACCGCCUGCAGCAGCUCCUGCACGGCUCACGGAAUCAAGCAGCGGGAAUCCUGACUAUGGGAAAGAGAUUCGAGGAUGGCGGGCACCUGCCGCUCGUGCACGAGGGAGGGACAGGGAGCGAGAGCGCGCCCGUGAGACUCGGACUGGAGCGUCCGAUGAAAUAUCUGAUGCCCACGGUACUAGAAGAUUUGAACGCUUAUGAAAAACGAUGACACUUGUCGCUUUUUAAAAACCACAGUAGAGCUGUUCAUUCGUGACUGCAGUUGCCAAAACUGAAACGAGUAUUUUGAAAUAGCGUUUUUGAUUUAAGUAAAAACUGUUUGUGGUUAUCAUUACUUGAAGAGACUUUAACGUUUUUUUUUUUUUUUUUUUUAAAUAUAAAUCACAUGUAGUCAUACCUCAGAUGUUAUUUGUGUGUGUCUUUUAUAAACGAUUGUACAUAAUUUUACGUAAAUACUGUUCAUUUCAAAAACCCAUUAAAACAACUGAGGGAAUUUUCCCCUUUAAAAUUCUCCUGAGGCUUUCUCAAACAUGAUAAAUCCUUUCUGUAGUUAACAGUUAGGCCUCCUGUCAUAG